AUGUCAAGAACUACAAGAAAGAAAUUGAAAGACGAUGAUAUAGAAAAUAUGCUAAUGCGGUUAGAGGCUGGCGAAAUUUCAGAAGACGAUGCCGAAUCAGAUGAGGAUGACUUGGAUUUCUAUCCGUCUCGCAAAGAUCUACAAGCCGUACUCGAAGAUAAAGAAGUAAGUGAUGAAGAGGAAGUGCCUGAAACUGAAGAAUGCCCGGAUCCUCCCCUGGUUCAUGAAGAAAUCUAUCAACAAGCUUCGACUUCUCGGUCUAAUGUAUUUCCGCAAAUAAAUACACGAAAUUUGAUUUGGAAAAAACGCUCUUUGGAGUAUAAAGAGGAAUCAAUUGCUUUCUUGGGUAGUACAGAAUUAGGACCUGAACUAAUGAAACUAGAAACCCCACUGCAGUUCUUUUCACAGUACUUUUCAGAAGACUUGUUGAAAAAAAUUGUUGAAGAAACCAAUAAAUAUUCGACGCAGACCAAUAUUGAUCGCCCCGUUCAAAUAAGCCUUACAGAACUUCGAAAAUAUUUGGGAAUAUUGAUAUUCAUCGAAGAGUCCCUUAAAAAAGCAGUAAAUGCAGUUCAAAAUAAACAAAGCUCUUUAAAACAAGCUUCGGAACAGUAUGGAAUACCAAUAUCUACUUUAUCUAGAAAGUCUAGAGAAGUUUCAGAGUUCGGGUUCCUCUUUGAUUUGCUGGAUUUAAGAGUUUUGGCUCAAAGAUACUUGUCCAAAAUUGGUAGGAAUAUUCCAUCACUUAAUAAUAAUAUGCCUGGGAAAGAUUGGGCCAUAAAUUUUAUGAUGAGACAUAAAAACCAAAUAUCAUUUCGCCUUACUAACAAUAUUUCUUCUGCAAGAGCUGAAAUCACCAAAGAAAUAAUAGAAAAGUUUUUUGACAACUUCGAGCCACUUUGCAAUGAUAUCUCUCCAGAUAGAAUCAUCAACUACAACGAAACUAAUUUAACCGAUGACCCAGGAUCAAAAAAACUUAUCUGGAAAAGAGGGAAAAAAUACCCUGAAAGAAUAAUGGACUCAACAAAAAGCGCUAUUAGCAUAAUGUUUGCUGGUGCAGGAGAUGGUACAUUGCUUAAUCCCUAUGUUGUUUAUAAGGCAGAACAUUUGUGGGAUACCUGGAUAACAGGAGGUCCUCCUGAUACUCAUUACAAUAGAUCUCGCAGUGGAUGGUUCGACUCUGUAUGUUUCGAGGAUUGGUUUACAACAGUAAUCGUUCCAAGAUCUUGGUAG